UGUAAUAAUAAUAUUCCUCUACUCACACCAUUAUAAAAUUAAGAAAAAAAUGAUUUUUUUUUAAAUAAAAAGAAAGAAAUUGAAAGAUUUUCCAUAACAUCAAAAUAACAAUGAAAGCUGCAUUUACACCUAUAUGCAAUUGAUAGCUACAACUAGAGGUCAUGGAAAGUUAGAAACAGUCUCCAUUUCACCUUCCUUCCUCCACCUUUAAUAGGAUUCCUAUAAGGGUAUUUUCUCUUCCAUUAGAUUGUAUAGGUUCCAGGCUAGAAACCCAUUUCAAUCCUUCUGAAUUUUCUUUGAUUCUGCUAUUUUAUGCAAUUUUCUCAAGUCUCAAGACAUACUUUCCUGGGUUUUUGGUAUCUUCUGCAAACUCUACCUGGGUUUUAGCAGAAAGGCUUACAGACCCAGUAAUAUUCACUAAAAAGGGUUGAGAGAAUAAACGUUUUUUUUUUUCCCUUCUCUUUUUUCAUUUUUUGUUGAAUUAUCGGCAAGAAAAUCAGUUUUAUUCCUCCAUUUUUUGUUUUGGGAAUCUUUGUUUGGAGAUUAAGGAGUGGAAGACGCAUGGGUAAGCAAGGACCUUGCUACCACUGUGGAGUUACAAGCACCCCUCUUUGGCGUAAUGGACCACCGGAGAAGCCAGUACUGUGCAGCUGUGGUUCUCGAUGGAGAACAAAGGGAACACUUGCAAACUACACCCCACUACAUGCCCGGAUAGAUACGGAUGAUCUUGAAGAGUACAAAGUUCCCAAAGUGAAAAUCGUAUCCAUCAAGGCUAGAGAUUUGAAGUUACAGAAAAGAAAACAAACUCAUGAUAAUGUGGAAAUGCAAGGGGAGGCCCAAGAAUGUGACCAGAACUUCCGGAAGGUUCUGGAGGAUGAUGCAAGUAAUAGAUCAAGUUCAGGAUCAGCCAUAUCAUACUCUGAGAGCUGUGCCCAGUUUGGUAGUACAGAUGCAAGUGAUUUAACAGGGCCAGCCCAAUCCGUCGUGUGGGAUACACUGGUGCCAUCAAGGAAGAGGACUUGCGUGAGUCGCCCCAAGCCAUCUCCUGUUGAAAAGCUGACAAAAGACCUAUGCUUUAUUUUACAUGAGCAGCAGGCUUCAUCUAACUUCUCUGGAUCUUCGGAAGAGGACUUGAUUUUCGAAAGUGACACCCCAAUGGUCUCUGUAGAGAUAGGGCAUGGAGGUGUUCUCAUCAAGCACCCAAGCUCGGCAGCUCGAGAGGAGGAAUCUGAAGCCAGCUCCCUUUCAGUAGAUAACAAACCUAACCCAGUAAAUAAGGUUUAUUGGGGUUCUGCAUCUCUUCCUGUACAUAAUGAUGAUGAUGAUAAAGGCAUAACUUUUCCAAGCAUCAGCAAUGAGAAACUGAAGAAGUCUACUGGACAAGGGGUACAACAAGACCACGCCAAAAGGGACAAAUGUCUUGUUGAGAGAUCACAACUUCUACGAAGUUGCAACUCACCACUCAAAUCCUUAAAUCUAAAAGAUGUUCUUAGCUUUGAGGAGUUUAUGGGUCAUUUGACUCGUGAAGAACAAGGGCAAUUGAUGAAGUAUUUACCUCAUGUGGAUACUUUCCGGCUUCCUGAUAGCCUCAAAAGCAUGUUUGAUAGCCCUCAAUUCAAGGAGAACCUAUCGUCCUUCCAGCAAUUGCUUGCGGAAGGGGUCUUUGAUCUCUCUUUCUCAGGAGUGAACGAUGAAGACUGUAAAGCUCUAAAGAGGCUUGUGUUGGUCAAUUUGGCAAAGUCAAAAUGGGUAGAACAGUAUAAUCUGCUCAAGGAUAUAAGAGGUACAAAGAUAAAAGAAGAUAAGGGAGUUGCAAAUGGAAUCAGCCUCCCAGGGUCAAGUGAUCUUAAACCUGGCAAAAGACCACGGGAUGGCCAAAAUUAUUACUUUUCAGAACCAAAAGCCAGUAUGAAAAGCCCCAGGAGGGGGUUCAUGAGGGCUGGUUAUGAGACUAAGGAUCCUGUCGACAAUGAUGGCUCUUGCUUCAGUCCAAGAACCUUAUUUGCUCUACCUACUGAUGGGAGCUCUCUCAUACUGGAUUCUUUUCAAUUCACUGAUGACAGUUCUGAUCAAGUUCUACUAUUGGAUAUUCCAUCCAAUGGUGCCUUCCCUCAGGCGGAGCUUCUACCCACAUCAAGUUUCAGCACUCAACAGGAAGGCACUUGCAGUGUAGGACACCAAAAUCUUAGACGUCCGUGAUAUUGCUUGUUCAUACCGUACUUUUUGAAUAACAAGAGCGUGUACACUUCUGCUGGGACCUGGGGAGAGUAUCCAUGGUCCAUGCUUUUUGCUUGUUAGAGUGAAGGGGUCUAUGUAAAUGCAGUUUCAAGGUUUCUUUUCUUACUAAACCUGCUGAUUCCUGGAUCAGUAUCCUGACCUGUUAAUGCUUUGGAUUGUUGACGAA